UAAUAACAAUAUAUGGGCUGAGUGGCCAAGUGACGUUACACACUGGUCAGUUUUAUUGGCGGUGGUAGUUAGUACCGUUGGUUGCUAGGAGUUUCUUGGAUUUUGUACGUUAGAUAUUGACAUGAAGAGUUGUCAUGCCUCUUAUUGGUUGCGCAUAGCCGUAGUAGCUAUGUGCUUUGGUGUGUGGUAUACAAUAUGGACGAGUAAUAUACCUGCGUAUUACAGAAUAAAACCAAGUGAUUCUGAUUUGUCUUCGACAAAAGAACUCCCAAGUCAACUCCUGAAACCACAUCGAAAUAUUACUAAGCCGCUUUCAUCCGAUUUAUCUGUGCUACGUCUCAACACGAACGGCUAUCUGGUGUACGACUGCAGUCAUCGAUGGCCAGGGUCGUGUGGUGGCUGGUCUGACAGAAUAUCAGGAAUUUUAUCAACUUACGUUCUAGCAAUACUUUCCAACAGAAAAUUUCUAAUAAAUUUUGACAAUCCCUGCAAACUGGAAAACUAUUUUUUGACAAACUCUUAUGACUGGAGAUACAAUGGAACACUUUUAGGAAAGAAACCUUCUAAGAAUUAUCAUUUGAAGGAUGACAAUGGAAGGAAAAUCAUGAAAGUGUUACUAACAGCCAAAUCCACACAACCAAUUAAGGAUUUCUUCACCGCCGAAGUCAGUUUCGUACGGAUCAACUGGGACAUGACGCGAGAAUUCCGAAAGUUCCUUCACGUGGAAAAUUAUGCUCCUUGGAUAACACGACUCCAUUUUGCCGAUAUCUACCGUUAUAUUUUUGACUUAUUUUUCCAGCCAAAGCCUUUCCUUCUCAAUAUAUUGGAUACAGUCGCAAAAAGCAAACGAACUAAUGCUACGUUUUGUGCUCAUGUCCGGAUCGGAAGAAGUUCAACACUACCUAAAGAUAAUGUAAGAACGAAACCGGAAGCUGCUCAUGUAAUUAUGGACUUCAUAGAGACAAUCGACAAAUCUAAACAUGAUUUAUUUUUAGCUACCGAUUCCGAUGAUUUGCAACACGAAUUCUCGACAAAAUAUUCUAAAAACUUCCUUCUAAAUGUUCCUGGGAGGAUAACACAUAUAGACCAAACAAAGACUGGCGAUGUAUGUGAUGGCUUCCAAAAGCAACUCCUGGAUUUUCUUCUAUUAUGCACUUGUGACAAAUUAGUGAUCUGUGAGAGCGGGUUCAGUAUGAUGGCGGCCUACUGGCGAGAUAUCACAGAGGAACUUUACUGCUGGACUCGCCAGUCAGUCGUUCCUUGUUCCCGCUAUACCGUCCACGACUUUUUUCCUUUACCCCUCUUGGGUCCUCCCCGCUGAGGUAGUGAUUUUUGGAUUUUACAUAUAACUUGAUGUACGUUGUACAAAGCCGUAAACGUCAUUCAAAUUUCCACGCAACUUACAAUCAAUGAUGAUUUGAUUUACUAAAUUGCACUUAUGUUGCUGCAUAUUACAGCACACUGCUAAGUCUAUGUACAUUACAUGCUACUAACGUGAUUUGACCCGUUGUAAAACUCAGUGCAAAAUACAAGCGUUUACAUGACUACGAGUUCCACGCAGAUCAACCUUUGUAUAGAGCGAUCGCGUUUGGUACAAACACAAACUGAUCCUUAUUGAUCAGCAAAAUGCUUGAACCAAAUGAAGAAAAGGUCAACAUUAAUGUUAUGGAUUGUUGUUUUACUUCUUUUUAUAUGAUCGCAACUAUUACUGGAUAAGAUACUGUUUCAAAUGUUAAAGCGACUAUAUCUGUAAAUAUCAUACUCAUUAAAAGGUGAUUGAUUGGGGUUACCAAAUAUCGAUACACGGGUCUAUACCAUAAGUAAUGUUCAAUACAUUAUUACUUUUAAAAGUUUUUAAACACUGUUUACAUCCGCUUAUAUUUGUAAAGAAAGCUACACGGACAAAGCUGAAUUGGGUCACGUGGGUACCAGUGACGAAUCCGUACACAGCGAUCUGCUUACAAGCGAUAACAAUGGAUUCUUGUAGGACCUACCGAAUUCUAAUCUUAUCGUUUCACAUUGAUUUCAACAUUUACACUACAGUUGUGCAGUAACUUUUAUUUUUCGUAAUUAAGGGAAAGUCCUAGUUAUAUGAAAUAUUCUUAAAAAAUAUAUUGCGUCCGAUAACUUUUUCCAACAGUGAUUUUUAUAGUUAUAGUCGCUUUAAUAUCAGGUUUUGUUCAUGAUAAUAUAUCAUUCUGUAACUAUAAAUCCGUAUUGUUAGAAGAGGGAAUAUAUUUUACCCCAAAUUAGGACAAGUAUAUCGGAAGACACAGAGGUUACACGACGAGUGGAUGUUGUAUAUGGUAUUUCUUUCACUGGAGUUAGUUAUUUUUCAUAAGUUACAAAAACACGAGCUUUAGCAUGUGAUUUUUUUUGUAAUUGAAAAAAACCCCAAAAAACGCAACAAAAAAAAACAAAAAACAAACGAGAGUGAAAGAAAUACCCUAUACAACAACCACGAGUUUGUGUGACCUGUUUCUACCAAAACAGAACAGCUAAUGAAGUGACCUGUUUUUUGUCAACGUGUGUUCUGUUCACAAUAUCAAGUGCGGGGUAAGGAUAUGAUCUACAUGUAAUUUGAAAUGCCGCUAAUUAAUAUGCAAAACUAACAAAUUCGGAAAUGUAUGGAAAUAUUACAAUUUACUCCAAAUCAUAAAAAAGUUGGUUUAUUCUUUCAAAGCAAUACAUUAAUAAAAUCUAUAUAUAUUUUAAAGAAUAUAACCAAACAACUUCUUAUGCGUUAUCAUUUCCAGGACAUCGUGAAGCGGCCUUCAAAUGUUAGCCAAUCAAAUUGCUUUGAACCACGUGAUUAAAAAAUAGUCCCGGUCAAAUGUCACUGCGUCCACCAAUCAAAACGCAUUUAGAGUUUAUUCCACGUGUGGUAUAAACUGAAUGUAAUUCAACAGUUGUAAUGAUUAUUUCAUGCCUUGGGAGUUGAAUAACACCCACCUAUUGUGGUAGAAAUAAAAAUAUACCAUGCGAUGAUUUUAUGAAUAAAUUCUGUUAUUCGAUGGAGAUA